GUGUGUACGUAUGUGUGUCUGAGUGUGUGUGUGUGUAUGUGAGUGUGUAGUAGUGAGGGUGCUGGAUGUGUGGUGGUGGAGCUGCAGCCGCUGUGCCCGCGCGUCGUGUCACUGUGAACAGGUUACAUCGGUGAUCGUACAAGGUGCUCCACAGGUGCCAGCAUGGGAAGCCAGACCAACCAACAUGACGGGGAGCAAGUGCGGGUUUGGUGUGACGGCUGUUAUGACAUGGUCCACUUCGGUCAUGCAAACUCUCUGCGCCAGGCAAAGGCGAUGGGGGACUACCUCAUUGUUGGGGUGCACACAGAUGAGGAGAUCACCAAGCACAAAGGGCCACCUGUCUUCACGCAGGAAGAAAGAUACAAGAUGGUGAGAGCCAUUAAGUGGGUAGAUGAGGUGAUAGAGGGAGCACCUUAUGUCACCACCAUUGAGACUCUUGACCAAUACAACUGUAAUUUUUGUGUUCAUGGAGAUGAUAUCACCAUGACAGCAGAUGGAGUAGACACCUACCACAUUGUCAAGGCUGCCAAGAGAUACAAAGAAUGCAAGAGGACUGAGGGUGUGAGCACCACAGACCUGGUGGGCCGCAUGCUGCUCAUGACCCGCCAGCACCAGCAGGUUGGGGAGGCAGAAUACCUGGUGGAGAGAGGCCACUCUGACAGCCUGGGCACUGACGCCAGCGCUCGCUCUCCCUGGACAGGUGUGACACAGUUUCUUCCCACCACGCAGAAAAUUAUCCAGUUUUCAUCAGGGCUCACACCAAAGCCAGGAGACAAGAUAGUAUAUGUAGCUGGGGCAUUUGAUCUUUUCCACGUUGGGCACCUGGAUUUCUUGGAGAAGGCACGGCAGGAGGGAGACUUUCUGGUAGUGGGGCUUCAUACAGAUCCAGUGGUGAAUCGCUACAAGGGUGCCAACUAUCCCAUUAUGAAUCUCCAUGAAAGAGUUCUCUCAGUACUUGCCUGUAAGUAUGUGAGUGAGGUGGUCAUUGGGGCACCAUACUCAGUGACCUCUGACCUCAUGGACCAACUGAAGGUGGAUCUGGUGUGCCAUGGCAUGUCUGAGAUUAUGCCUGAUGCUGAUGGCUCAGACCCAUACUUAGAGGCCAAGAAAAGAGACAAAUUUAAGCUGCUGGAUUCUGGCAAUGACAUGACAACCCAGAGAAUAGUGGAGAGGAUCAUUGAACACAGGCUGGACUAUGAAGUACGUAACAAGAAGAAGGAGAAAAAGGAGAAAGCUGCCUUUGCUGCGUACAUGAAGGCCAAGGCUGAGGGUCGCCUCAACAUUGACCAGAUAUGUGUGGAGUAACACAGUGGCUUGCCAUGCUGCAGCUCACAGAGAUGUUACAUGAUGAAGUCCUUUGUACCAUAACUAUCAGAGAAUAACAUUCAUCCAUUUAGAGUCUACUAAGAAAUUUGUAAGUUAACAAAAUUUUCUCCCAUGCCCUGCCAUCCUUGCCAGCCUUUAUAGUUGUUAAAGAACUGUUGAAGUUUUCAUGAACACCAAGAUGCUUCUGUGAUGAGGCAUUGCAGAGUACUGUUGUAUUUGGCACUUCUGUCUCAGUUGUAAAUAUUUUAUUGCUUUUUGUAUUUUAUUAUGUUAUUUUUGUGAGAUGAUGGCAUUUGUUUUUUCAGUUGAGCUUUUGCAUCAUUGCUAAUACAAUCCCUUUGCAGGUUGAGGUCUGGCAGGGCAGUCAUUGGCCAGUAUGAUCAUGUAUGUAAAAUUGAAGAGUAUCUAGUCAAUAUUGCCAAAAACCCUGCCUAAAAUACUUAGGUUAUUAUUUGAAUACACUUUUUUUUUUUUUUAUAUAUACAAUUGUUAUAUGUAUUUGAAAAUUUACUUAUGCUCUUGGUAUUCAAACUUUCACUGUGUGUACAUGCUCACCAUUUUAUUUACAAAUUAGGUGUUAUGGAAGCUGCAUUUAGUGAUACAAUUUGGGUUAGUAUGAUGUUAACUAGAUGAGUGUGGAGGAGGACUGAACUGAUUCAUCUGGCCUUACGUGUUUGUUUGAGCCCACCAAAGCCUUGCUGUCUGUUGUUAAGUGUUACAAGUGGUGCAAAUGUUGUGCAAUGUUAGAUUUUUGAGAGCUAAAGUUAAUUGUUGUCAGAUAAUAUAACUAUUUUUUUUUUUUUUUUUAAGAAGUUAACAUUUUUAUUUUCCUAAUUUGUAAUUUAUAUUGAAUUUGUGUAAUGUCAAUUUAAGAGUAUUGAAA